AUGAGGGGCGGCCGCCCGCCCCAAUCGGCGACGAGCCGCCACUACGCCGAGCCCAUCCAGGCGAACAGAGGGGAUUACGAUGAAUUAGACGGCGAUUAUGAUCUCGCCGGCCGCGACAGCAACGACGUAGAUGAGGGCUACGUCCACCGCGUGCGGCCGCGGCGCACCUCGGACAUGUCCAUCUCCGUGCAAGGGCCGGCCGCGCCUCAACGAACGCCGGCGCCGCCCUACGUUGUUAGUCGAGACAAGCCGCGGCGCGCGGCGUCGCCGCUCGCCGAGUUCGCGGCGGACCCGCUCGCGGCCAUGCGCCACGAUGACGACGUCGAUCUGGACGCGGAGUACGACGCCGUCGACGACUUUAACGACGACGACGGCUACGCGGGCAGCCCGCGCCGAUCUCGCUUCUCCGAGCUCGGCGACGAGGCGCCGCAACCACCAACACAUGGUCCGAACGCGCGCGCGGCCUUCCGCACCGCGCGGCAAGUCGUCGACGACCAGCCGCCCACGCCAAGGUCCGGCGGCUCCGUCGAGAAGAAGGUGAGCUGGGCCGAGGACGACGAGGAGACGAAAGAAGAGAAAGACGCGACUACUAUCUUCCACGCCGAGCUCGACGUCGACUUCAGAGAAACCAAAGACCGCUGCGACGCGGCCGAGGCGGCGGCGGAGUACGCCGAGGAACUGGCCGCCGAGACGGCCCACGCCAUGGACACGGUGCUGGCGAUGGCUCAAGGGAGGAUUGAUGAAGCCCAUAGUGAUAUAGAUCGGUUGGAGAAGGAGCUCGCGGCGGAGAAGGCGGCGCGACGGGCGGAGCAGGAGGCUUUGUUGGAGGAACUGGUCCAGGCUCGACGGCUGUUGGUUGCUGCUGAUAAACGUGCUGGAGAUAGUCGGUCGACGAUUAGAGAUGAAAGACACCUGGACGACGCCAUCCAGCGCUUGUCAUUAUUACAGUGGCUCGGCGACGGCGAGUGGACGGGCCACAACCAGGUCGAGGGGCCGCCGACCCUUUCGGGGCCGGUCGAGUCGUACGCGUCGCCCGAGCACCGCCGGCAGCAAGCUCAAGCUAGAAGGGCCGCGGCGGCGCGCGUCGCGGCCCAGCGCGAGGACUCCUCUGACCUCGCGUCGGAACCUGUGUGGAAAUCAAUUUCGGGCGCCCCACGCCAUCGACGCGAUAACCUAACUCACUGGUUGAUUCCACACAGUCCGGAACAUCCUACGCGCAUCACGCCGCGCAACCGGUCGAGCACCGGGUCCUCGCGGUCCGCGCCGCGCACCAGCACGGGCUCCGGAGACCACCUCGCGCGCUUCGAGACCGGCGACUACUAG